AUUACAUAUGAGAGUGAAGACGUUACAGAUAACACAAACUGUGCUAGUGAUUACUGUACCAAGUGAUAUGUAAAUACCCACUGAGCAAAUUAAAAUUUCAAGAUAAGAAGAGCAUCAUAAGAAGUGGGAAUCAAUAAUAUGCAGAGAAUUGUGUGGGCCGAACCAUAUUCAGCCCAUUCCCUUCCCUUCCAAAGCGAGUCCAUUGGACAAGGCCGCCGGCGACGCCCCCCUUUUCUCCUGCGGCGUCGGCGCCUGCACCACAAGCCGGCGGCGAGCUGCUCGAGCUGCUCCUUUUCAGUCGGAUCCGAGGUGUCCCUCCUUUUGGCGGGUGGCCAUGGCGGACGCGCCCGCCGGCACCGGCGGCGGAUGCUCGCCGCAGGAAUACCCCACCAUCGAUCCCGCCUCGUUCGACGUGGUGCUGUGCGGCACCGGCCUCCCGGAGUCCGUCCUCGCCGCCGCCUGCGCGGCCGCCGGGAAGACCGUGCUCCACGUCGACCCCAACCCCUUCUACGGCUCCCUCUUCUCCUCCCUCCCGCUCCCGCUCCCGUCCCUCCCCUCCUUCCUCUCCACCUCCUCUUCCUCCUCCUCCUCUCCCGAUCCCGCUCCCUCCCCGCCCUCCUCCGCACCCAAUGAAACCUCCUCCGUUACUCCGUACGCCGCCGUCGAUCUCCGCGGCCGCAGCUUGUACUCGGAGGUCGAGACCUCGGGGGCGGUGCCGGAGCCGUCCCGGCGCUUCACCGCCGACCUGGUGGGUCCCAGGGUUCUGUACUGCGCCGACGAGGCCGUGGACCUGCUCCUCAGGUCAGGGGGGAGCCACCAUGUGGAGUUCAAGAGCGUGGAGGGGGGCACCCUGCUCUACUGGGAAGGUGGCCUCUACCCGGUGCCGGACUCGAGGCAGGCCAUCUUCAAGGACACAAGCCUCCAGCUCAAGGAGAAGAACCUGCUCUUCAGGUUCUUCAAGCUUGUACAGGCUCACAUUGCCGCCUUAGCUGCGGGCGAUGCAGCUGGGGAAGGCGAGGCUUCUGGUAAGCUGCCCGAUGAGGACCUGGACCUCCCCUUCAUCGAAUUCCUCAAGAAGCAGCAUCUUUCGCCCAAAAUGAGAGCGGUUGUCUUGUAUGCGAUUGCAAUGGCGGAUUAUGAUCAGGAUGGUGCAGACUCUUGUGAGAGGUUGUUAACAACGAGAGAAGGAGUCAAGACCAUUGCUCUUUACUCCUCGUCCAUCGGGAGGUUUGCUAAUGCUGAAGGAGCUUUCAUUUAUCCUAUGUAUGGGCAUGGUGAGCUGCCUCAAGCUUUCUGUCGCUGCGCUGCUGUUAAAGGUGCCCUAUAUGUGUUGCGAAUGCCAGCCACAGCACUCCUUGUUGAUGAGGAAAAAAAGCAUUAUGUAGGCAUCAGAUUAGCAUCUGGUCAGGAUAUCAUGUGCCAGCAGUUGGUACUUGAUCCAUCAUAUGAAAUUCCUUCCUUGGGUGUGCCAUGCAAUACUCCAGUAUCAAACUCACCAGGAAAAGUUGCUAGGGGAAUAUGCAUAAUCAGCAGCUCUGUGAAACAAGAUUCAUCAAAUGUUCUGGUUGUUUUCCCCCCAAAGUCACUAGAACAGGAGCAGGUUACAGCUGUCCGGGUGCUUCAAUUGAGCAGCAAUUUAGCAGUAUGCCCUCCUGGAAUGUUUAUGGCAUAUCUGUCUACUCCAUGUACUGAUGCCUUAACUGGAAAGAAUUGCAUCAACAAAGCAAUAGAUGUUCUUUUCACAGUUAACGCUUCAGAUGAUUUGGAAGGUCAUUUGGAAACAACCAGUGAAAAGAAUGAGUGUGUGAAGCCAACACUACUCUGGAGCUGUGUAUAUGUCCAAGAGAUUAUACAGGGAGCAUCUGGUACUGCAUUGUCAUGCCCCAUACCCGAUGAAAAUCUGGACUACAGGAGUAUACUUGAAUCAACAAAAAAGUUGUUCACAUAUAUUUGUCCAAAUGAAGAGUUCCUUCCUAGAAACUCAGCUCCGAAAUAUGCUGAUGACGACUCUGAUUCUGCAGAGUAAAUGCAUCCUUGCAGAGGACUUUGUUUUCUACUCGAGAUAUUGUGGAGAAGUCACACUAUGAAAGGCAGAAAAUAUUACAGCAAGGGGAACCCCGAACCCUUAUUUUACCUUGUGAAUUCCGUUUUUCCAUCUGUCUUGACCAAGUUGAUGUCCAUCAUUGGUAUAAAGUACCAUCUUACUGGUAAAAUAUUUUGAGCGAGCGAAGCAAAUGUCCUUGGCAGUUGGAAUUUUGGAAACAUCACACCAUAUGAAUCGCUGUGUGAUUACUGCACGUGUGCAUCCAUUGUUCUACGAAUUCUUUGCAGAAUUUGUUGGUACAUACUGCAUAGGAAAGAUACAAAUCUGCCAAUUCAGAGUGCUGUCUAAAUCAUUGCACGAACGAAAGGAAGAAUUGAAUAUCAAAUGAGUUUGGAGUUGAACCGUGGAGCUGAUACAAAAUUGCUGCAUAGAAUGCUCGCUGAUGCUUAAUAGUACAUUCUUAAUCGAUCUGUUCUGACAAUUGUAAUGGCUGCCAAUCAACAGCGAAAUCCCGAUCUACAUAUUUUCUUCUGUUUUGGGGAGCGUAAGGCAUUGGUAUGAGGAAAAUGUGUAAAUUUUGUGAAGUUCUUCCAUUGGCCGCUUGGAAUAGUACUAUCCCUUUGUUUCAUACUGAAAGUUCUUUUAAGUUUGUUCUAAG